AUGACAGACCAGUGCUCCGUGCAGCUGAAAUACGACGACGACUGUCCUGAUGGCUGGUGCUGCCUCGAGAGAAUGGAAGGAACAAAUGCAAUGCUGAGGACCGCAAGGGACUCACCUGAAGAGCUGCUGAAGAGAGGCCAAUGCUGUCGUGUGAGACAUGUCAAACUUGAGUCUGUACUCAUAAGAUGCAAAAGAAAAACAAAAUGUGUUGAAGCACAUGGCAAAUGUAAGAAACAGUGUUCGUCUGGGGAGAAUGAAGUGCCCAAAGGUUGUUCAGGCAAGAACUGCAAGUGUUGCACUGCUGGAGAUGUCAUAGAAGCAGGUUGUGACGAUAUGGAUGAAUGCAUGAAGGCUGGAGGCUCGGUCAAGCUCAAGUGCAACCAGAAAGAGCAAGAAGUGGCUGGCGGAUGCUCACACAACUUCUGCUGCUGUGCUCCAAAAGACGCCUGCCAAGUCUUGCCGGGAUGUCUGGCGGGUCGCGGACUCUGCAGAACGAUAUGUAACGUUUGGGAACAAGAAGUGGGAGCAGGAACUGGCUGUGGUUUGAGCUGCAAGUGUUGCGUCCCCGUGGAGCAUGCUACUAUAGAGAUAAAGAAAUGUCUUAACGAAGGAGGGUCGCUCAAAGAACGCUGUUCGGAGACGGAUGAAGAGAUGGGACUGGGCUGCACCGGCAGUUACUGUUGCUGCGUCCCAAAAGAUGUCUGUGAGGCCCACCGAGAUUGUUCAGACGGGCGCGGAUCUUGCCGGACAAAGUGCCGUGCGUGGGAGAAGCAGCUAGGCGGUUGCGGACACGACUGCAAGUGUUGUGUGCAGAUAGACACGGGGCUUAUAGAAAUGGAAGCCUGUAUGAAGGCUGGAGGAUCGAUCAAGACCCAGUGUUCAUCAGUAGAGGAAGAAGUGGGGCCAGGCUGCUCAGACGGCCACUGCUGCUGCGCUCCGGCGGAUGGUUAG